AUGAGCAAAUUCGAUCAUGCCCAAGCUAUUGAGGAUCUUCAGGAGUAUCGUAAAACAAACGAGCGUAAUUCAGAACGAGUAGCUAUUCUCGGCGCUAGACUUAUCAAAGACAAUUAUACUCAAAAGCUUGGUGAUCAAGUCUGGUCUUUUUAUGAACAAGUUGCUAUCGCCGCUCUUGAUGUUCAGGACCUGACCCUUGCCAACUAUUGUAUAGAUAACCUCAAGGAACGUUUCACAGAAAAGUCCCUUCGAUUCCGUCGUCUAUUGGGUAUGCGAUUUGAAGCCAAAGGUCAAUUAGAUGAGGCCCAAGAAGUCUAUGAUACGAUCUUACAAGAAGAUGACACCAACAUGUUGGCUUCAAAGCGUCAAAUUGCAUUACUGAAGGCAAGAAAUAAGGAACAAGAAAUGAUCGAUGCCUUGACAAAGUAUUUAGAUACCUAUUAUGAUGAUCAUGAAGCAUGGCUUGAAUUAUGUGAUGUAUAUAUGAGUAAGCAUUUAUAUGAUCAAGCUGCCUAUUGUUGCGAAGAAAUCAUCAUCCUUCAACCCUCCAAUCACAUUUGCUUUUUAAAGUAUGCUGAAAUCCUUUAUACCUUAAAUCUUUUCCCUUUGGCUUUCAAACAUUAUUGUAAGGUUUUAGAGUUAUGUACAGAUAAUGUUAGAGCGCUUUAUGGGUUACAAUUGGUAAGCUAA